AUGGUACGCUCAGUCUCGCCGAGCGCGCCGCCGCGCUCGAAAGACCGCGACCGGUCCAGCCGUCCUUCAUCAGCAAUCGCGACCUCAUCCUUCCUUCACGGCUCGCCCUCGCGCUCAGGCAGCGCAAACGCGGGCGCGUCCGUCAGCAAAGGGAUGGAUGACUCGACUGGCAAGGCGGCGGCCGCAGGCGAUGGUACGGAUUUGAAGCAGGACGCGCCGAAGGUUGCGCGGAUCCUGAGCGUUCAGCAGACGGAGGGUAUGGGCAAGACGUAUCUGUGCGUGCUCGAGGGUAGCGGGAAGAAGGUCCAACGGACCCGCUCUCAGCUUCGCGACCUCGCGCCCGACCUCCUCUCCGCCUUCGACGGCUCGCAGAAGUCUGCAAGCGCUACUACAUCUCGCUCGUCUUCCUCCGACUCCGAUGCGGCCGUUGCGGCAGUUCUGCGCAGACGGAGGGGCGCCUCAAGGGCGGCCAAACCAUCGACGAAGGGCAAGGGAAAGGCGCGCGCGGUCGACGAUGACGACGAGGAGAUGCAGGAUGCAGAGGGUGAUGCAGGCGGGAGCAGCGAUGAGCCCGACAACUCAGCCGACGAGACAAUGGACGAGCCGUCAUCGACUUCGGCGUCUGAGAAUGAGGACAGCGAGGACGACAUGUCGGACGACGAGCUGGCGAUCGGGUCGCGAAGGCGUCGCUUAAGGAAGGGCAAGGCGAAGGCUGUGAAGCCGACGCGUCGCUCCGGGCGCCGCGAGGGGAAGAAGGCGAAGCGCUAUGACUUUGGCGACGGCAGCGGCCCGUCGGACGACUCCGGCGCAGAGUCCGUCUCCGCCACGACGUCGUCUUCUGGCUCGGCGCGCGAGACGCGUGCCUCGAAGGCGAGGAAGACGCGGUCGUCGCCGGAGGAGGGCGAGUCGAGGUCGGGCGAGUCGAGCGACGAGCUAUCGAUGACGGCCCGUCCGCGCCGCGUUCAACCCCAACCGCCUCGCUCGCCGGCGAAGAAGCCGCACGUCCCACUGCGCAAGUCGACCGCCGCCGUUGUGGACUCGGAGGAAGAGGGCGAGGAGCAGGACGAGCUGGCGUCCGACUCGGCGCAGGGAGAUGUGCAGGAAGUUGGACAGAGGCCGCAGGACCAGCAUCGCGAGACCUGCGCCAAAUGCGGUCAAGCCUCGGCUUCCGAGCUGUUCCGUCUCCUCAACGAGCGCAAGCGUCGUAAGAAGCCCGGUCGUAAGCGGAAGCGUGACAUCCUCGAGGAAGACACCGACGCAGAGGAGGAGCGACUUGAGAAGCUGGGCGCUUGGGUGGAGUGCGGCGUCUGCUGCGUCGCCUAUCACUUCGGCUGCCUUCCCGCCUCGCAGAAGCGCGAGAUCACCGACCAGCUCAAGGAAGAACACCUCGCUCUCUACGAGACCGUCGACACCGCCGACAAGCCCGCCACCCUCGCCGUCCCCGCCGGUACGACGACAGGCGGAUCGAGCCUGACACCCGUCACCGCCUCGACCUCCGCGUCGGCUGCGACUUCAAAGUCCGGCUCGCCUCGCCUCGACAUUCCAAAACGCGAGAAGUACGAGCUCGACCCCGAGCGGGUGUUCACGAUGCGCAAGUGCCCGUCGUGCAAGAAGAUGGGCGGAAGGAGGUGCUUCGUUUGCGGCGUUAGUGGGAAGGUGGUCACCAAGCGCGAGCGGGAGGAGCUGGGCAAGAAGGGUGAUGAGCCGGCGGAAGGUGCGGAGCAGGCUGCCAAGCUGGGGGAGGAUAACAAGGAGCAGACAGGCAACGCAGAUGCGACGAUGGCGGAUAGUCACGCUGAGGUCUCGAAGAAGCCUGACGCCCCGGAGAUUGUCCCCGGUCAGAUGUUCCGUUGCUCGAGGUGCAAGCGCGUCGCUCACUACGGCUGCCUCGACAACGACGAACCGGAUUGGACAUUCGAGCAGCACUGCCAGUCGUACUUUGACUGGCAGAUCUGCCACGACUGCUACAACUUCAACGUCCCGCUCGACGUCAUCCUCGCCUGGAGGGAGACGCAGCCUGUCGCUGACGUCGGACCGGACGAUGUGGAGUCCGAUGACGAGGUCGUGGAGCGGAUUGAGGGCGAGAAGCGGGUCGACGAGAAGACCAAGAAGGUCGUGGUCCUGCCAUCCCCAAAGGACCUGCGUGCCAGUGCCGAGUACCUCGUCAAGUGGCAGGAGAUGAGCUACCGGCACCUCGUCUGGGUUCCGCACGCCUUCCUCGCCGCCGCCUACCCGAGCAAGCUUGCCAACUUCCUCAGCCGCGGAUCGACGGUCACGUUCGAGCCUGCGAACGACGAUGACGACGAGGACGCCGACCCGACCGAUGUCAAGCACGAGAACGAGGAAGCCCCCUUGCCGGACCCGAACGCGCUCGACCGAAUUCCGAAAUCGUGGCGGACUGUCGAUCGCAUCCUCGACGUCUGGUUCGACCACCCGAAGAAGGAGGGUGAGCACGUCGGCUUCACCGAGUACCGCAAGAAGCUGCCGCAGGACGCCGACGAUAGCAUCAAGCUCGUCUCGCAGUGCUACAUCAAGUGGGGAGAGCUCCCGUAUGCACAGUCCACGAUCGAAGCGCCGCCGGAGGAGGACGAGGAAGGCUACGAUGCGUUCGUCAAGGCAUACAAAGCGUUCCUCGCAGCUUCCGAGCCGAGUAUGAGCGUACCGAAGCUCAACAAGAAGCAGAUGGACGAACUCGACCGUCCUCGCGACCCAAAGCGCUUUAAGCCUCUCGAAGCUCAGCCGGACUACAUCAGCGGCGGAAAGCUGAUGGACUUCCAGAUUGCCGGUGUCAACUUCCUCCGCUACCAAUGGUGGCAGCGCAAGGGCUGCAUUCUCGCCGACGAAAUGGGUCUCGGCAAGACCUGCCAGAUCAUCAGCUUCCUCAGCUACCUCAACCGCGACGAAGGCGCUCGACCUUUCCUCGUCGUUGUCCCUAACUCGCUCAUUGGCAAUUGGAUGCGCGAGUUCGAUAAGUGGGCACCGACGAUGCGAGUCGUCCCGUACAACGGCGACGGCGAGUCCCGCAAGAUCAUCGAGGACUACGAGCUCUUCGAUUCUCGCGGUUCCCUUAAGACGCACGUCGUCCUCGCCACCUACGAGGCUGUCCAGGGCAAUGCUCGCGUCUUCCGCCGCGUCGAUCGCUGGGAUUGUCUUGUCGUUGACGAAGGUCAGCGUCUCAAGGGCGGCAAGGACAGCCAGCUCUACAACGCCAUCGCAUCGCUCAGGAUCGCACAACGUGUCAUUCUUUCUGGCACGCCCCUGAAUAACAACCUUCGCGAGCUGUUCAACCUUCUCGCUUUCAUCAACCCGGCCGAAUUCACCGACAUCGAGGCGUUGACGCGCCGUUUCGCCGAACUGACGCCCGAGCUGGUCGAGGAGGUCCGCGAAAUGCUCAAGCCGUACUUCCUUCGUCGGACGAAGGAUCUCGUUCUCAAUCUGCCGCCGCUGCUCGAGGUCGUUGUGCCGGUCAGCAUGACCGUCCUGCAGCGCCAGAUCUACCGCGGCAUUCUCGAACGCAACGCCGGCGCCAUCCGCUCAAUCGUCCAGAAAUCGGGGACGAACACGAAUGGCCGCGCCAAGCCGAAGAAGAGCAACUUCAGCAACAUCCUCAUGGAGCUGCGGAAAGCUCUUUGCCACCCGUACCUCGUUGACGACGACAUUGAGCCGCGCAACGUGACGCCGCAGCAAAGCCAGGUCAACCUGACGGAAGCCUCCGCCAAGUUCGUCCUGCUGGCGCGCAUGCUUCCGAAGCUCAAGGCCGCAGGUCACCGCGUCCUCAUCUUCUCGCAGUUUAAGCUCACGCUCAACAUCGUCGAACGCUUCUUGGCCGGUCUCGAGCUCAAGUACCUCCGCCUCGACGGUGACACUCCGCAGCUCGAGCGUCAGCGAGACGUCGACACGUUCAAUGCGCCUGGGUCCGAGUACUUCGCGUAUUUGCUCAGCACGAGGGCUGGCGGUGUCGGUCUGAACAUCACCUCGGCGGACGUUGUCAUCAUCUACGACCAGGACUUCAACCCGCAGAUGGACAUCCAGGCCAUCUCUCGCGCUCAUCGCAUCGGUCAGACGAAGCCUGUCCGCGUCUUCAAGCUGCUCGUCAAGGGGACGUGCGAGGAGAAGAUUCUCAACGCGGGCAACAAGAAGCGUGGCCUCGAGCACCUGAUCAUCCAGCGCAUCGACGCUCAGGACGAAAGCGAAGACAUGGAGUCGAUGCUUCAGUUCGGCGCGAAAGCUGUCUUCGACGAAGCCGCUGCCGAGGCAGCGGCAAUCCGAUACAACGACUCGGACAUCGACGCCUUACUCGCCAAGACGGCCGAGCCCAUCGAGAAGGAAUCCGACUCGUCGGCUACCUUCUCCCACGCGCAGAUCUGGGUGCGCGAGAACGGCGAGCUCGAUGCCGCACCGCAGGAAGCUGCGGAACCCGCCGCGGACAGCACCGAGGAUUUGCAUGACUUCUGGAGCAAAGUCGUCGAGCAACAGCAGGAAGCGGAGAAGGCGAGCAAGGCGGCGCAGGCUGCGACCGUCGGACGCGGCAAGCGGAGACGAGCUCAGGUUAACUACAAGAUCGGCGGCGAGUCGCCUAACAAGCAGGCGAAGAAGCUGGAUUCAAAGAGCCCGUCCGCGCACGACCAUUCGUCCGGCGACGAAUACCGCAUGCGUCCAGACGAGCUCGACUCGGACGACGAAGCAGCCGCUGCGAUGGACGUCGACGACGGCUUGCAGGAAAUCGAAGGCAUUGCCAAGCCGCCUCCGCUCGCUCGCCUUGACCCAGCACAGACACCUGGCGCGACCAACUCGGACGCAAGCAAGUCGCAGGCUCGGAAGGGCGUCGUGACGGAUUCCGCAGAACUCGCUGCCUUGCGUGCAGAGAAGGCGAAGAAGCGGACGGACGCAAUCGAUGCCCUCUUUCGCGCGGCAGGCGACCUCAACGACAAGACUUCGCUCGAUCUGCUUCGAAGUGCUCGCUCUUCCGACUCGCGCAAGGAGCAGACCUCUCUCCUCCGCCAAGCCACACACCGCAUCGAAUCGCUUCGCCAGCAGCUCCGCCAACACCCUCUCGCAGCGAACUCCUCCGUCGUCAACCGACCGCAACCGAUGGCCUCGUCUUCCGGCUCGCACGCGAAGAAUGCUCCGUCAGUCUCGCAUGCCCAGCCUGCUCCGCCGAGCGAACGAGCGACUGCACAAGGCGACAAGGGCCCGGCCAAGGCGCAACCACUCGCCGGCGGAUCGCAGCUUUCUGAAGCAGACGCGCAGAGGCAGGUCAAGGAGCGGGAGGAAGCGAAACGGCUGCGGAAGGAGAAGCGCGCACGCGAGUUGGAGAAGCAACGACAAGCGGAUGCUGCGGACAGACCGCCAGCCACAUCGGUCCCGCCCACGGCCGCCGAGCCGCCCGCCGCAUCAGUCGUCGCUGCUCCAGCACGCUCAGGCGUCGAGCCUGCAUCCGUCUGGAAGCGGCCAACGCCACCUUCUGCGGCGGCUUCUCGUUCGCCGACUCUGGCUUCGCCUUCAACCCUCAAGCCGUUUUCGCUCCCGCCGCACGCUUCCACAUCCGCUUCUGCGAGCGGCAAGUCAAAGUCGCCAACGAUUCUCGCCGCCCCCGCGAUGGCGCCGUCAAGGUCGGGCGACAAGUCCGAUUCUUCCAAGUCGUCCACCUCGUCGUCGUCGAAGUACAAGCAGUCAACACUGUCUUUCGGCCGUCCGGCUCCCAAGGCUUCGUCCAGCGGGACGUCAACGGCGCCCGCCCCCGCCAAGGCGUCACCCCCUUCAUUGUUCGCUGCGUCCCGCCAGCCUCCCCCUUCCUCGUCCGCCACCGGCACAGACGCGCAACCCAAAGCGUCGACUGCCGUCGCGAAGCCUCCGCCUGCCGUUCCCCGGUCCGCGCCCGUCGCCAAGAAGGCCGAAAUCCUCGUCAUUUCCGACUCUGAAGAUGAUUCUUAG